AUGAGGAGGGCGGAGGUCAACCUCCAGAGCACGGCCUUUAUCAUGAAGGACGUCGGCGCUGGCAUCUCCCGCGAGAUUGCCACGCUGCAGGAUCACAAGCGCCUGCUCCAGCUCAGCCUGGUGCGCGCGAAGCAUGGCAAGGCGGACAACGUCAGGGACCAGAUGGCCAAGUCGGAGUACGAGUAUCAGCUGAAGGACCAGAUCGACUCGCUCACGAAGAUGAUCGAUGAGCUCAGCAAGCAGCACGGCUUCAUCAACAUCAAGGCGAACCAGACAGUCGACGUGACCAGCGACAAGAACUACAACGAGCCCCAGAGCGACGAGCAGGCGAUCAUCAUGAAGCUGGAGACGGGCGAGGAGACGCUCCUGAUCGAGAAGGAUGGCGCCCCCUACCAGCAGAAGGACCCGUCCUUGUGGGUGGAUCCCCUGUCAGUCGGCAGCAGUGGCAGCAGUCCAGCGGUGCCCACGGACACCAAGACUCUCUGGGUAAAGGUCGAGGCACUCGAGCGCAAGUUGGCGGGGUCGACCGCUGGGCCCUUGGAGCAGGCUUAG